CUUAUGCCAAUCUAGUCACUAAAUUUGAAAUUUUUAAUUUUAGAUACAAAAGUUUUGCAGUAUUAUUUCAAUCUGGGAUUGCAGUGCUAUCACCACAACUACUGGCACUCCAUGGUCUAUGUGCCACAGAUGCAGCAGCAGUUUCAUGUAGAAAAUUAUCCGGUCUAUACUGAGCCACCUCCUCUGGUAGAUCAAACUGUUCCUUACUUGUAUAGUGAGGUGGGGAGAGCAGAUGGCACACAGGUGGAAGCAUCAGCAAAUGGCACUUUUCCAAAUGCUGACCCUACAUCUGUCCCUCAUGGAGCAGUCUACUAUCCAGUAAUGUCAGAUCCCUAUGGGCAGCCACCUUUGCCAAGUUUUGAUUCCUGUAUUCCUGUGGUGCCAGAUUAUCCCUGUGUUGCCCCCUGGCAUCCAGUUGGUGCAGCAUAUGGUGGUUCUUCUCAGAUUCAUGGUGUUACAAAUCCUGGGCCAAUUGGCUUUAUUGCUUCGCCUUCCUCAGCUUCUCAUUAUGUACCUCAGAAUAUGUAAGAUUCAACAGUAUAAAGUAUUCUUCACUGCCAUUUUCUUGCUGUUUUGGUUUUUAAAAAGUAUUUUAUGUUAGUGUUUAAGUGACUUAGGUGGUUAGAGUGAUUAUAUUGUAUCUGUCUUUAAGAUUAUUUUACCUUUUGAUUUAAAAUAAUGCUUUAAAAUAAAUAAAUAUUUUGGGUUGUGAAUACGGAAAUUGAGAUGGAUGUACACCUAGCUACCUGUUGAGCAUAGUUCAUUGUACUCAGCUGUUUUUCUGUCAGCCAACUUGUCAACUUUGUAUUAGCUGGUGGUACCAAUUGAUAAAAGGAAUAAAUCAUACAAACUGUUUCCUUGGUUUAGAAAUCACACAUUAAACCAUGCAGAAUUGGAAUAACUUCUACUUUUUUCUAGAAUAUAAAACCUAAGCUCCUUUGCUUCUGGAUAAUUCAUUUAGUACUAAAUGAGAGGGUUCUUCAAGUUUCUUAAGAAUUGUUUGAACUGAGUUGUGUUCUGUGAUAUUAAUCAGUUUUGAAAGCACAUGGUGCUCUGCUUUAGAUUUAUCACAUAUGCUGUUGUUUAAUAUUGGAUCUAUGUGUUUUACUGCACAGUACUGAGUUGGUGUCUUUUGCACAAUUAGCGGUAAAUAAAAACUAGCAUUUAAAAUUGCCAAAA